CUCCUGGCACGCAGGAUGUUGGCGGCUGGUGGCAAUAUAAGCAGAGGCUGCAGCGUUGAAGCAGACAGCUGGUGGAACGUGCGUGGACUACUUGUCAGUCUUGUAGCAAUAAUCCUGACGGCUUGCAGUGCAAGUGAACAUAUUUUCAGUAUGAAGGUGAUAUUUGCUGUUGUGAUAGCCUGCCUGGCGGAAAACAUCACCCCUUCCCCUGUGUCUUUACCAAAAUCUAACGCCAACGCCAGGCUCUUGGACAAUAAUGACGCCAAAGGUAACCCCAUUCUAUUUGGCGAGGCGGAAGCAGCCUCACCAUUGUCGGCACGUGGCAAGAGCUUGAUGAAGACUCCGCCUGGAGGCCAGAGUAGCAGGGUAUCACUAGUCUUCCCGGGGUCUAAGCAAUCCUCUGGCACCAACCGUCAAGAUGGUGUUGGCCCAGAUGGCGUCGUGUUUUCGUCAGCAUCCACACGCGGAAAUACUCCCAAAGAGGUGCCUUCCGAGUCAAACUGUUCACUUCAAGGAGGCUCUAUGGUAAUCAACGGUACCUGCCACAGCUUCCUAACCCUGGGCCCGUGUGCAGAGGGACAGUGGUUGGUGCUCCGGGAUAAUCGGCCUCUAUGUGAGCCUCGACCGUGUCCCUUCGGCCAGUUAAAAUAUAAGGAAAAGUGUGUCAGUGUAUCCGAUUUUUCUGUGUGUAAAGAUGGACAAAUACUGUACGUCGAAUUUUCAGGAGUAGCCAUGUGCGAUUGUGAGCCGAACUAUAUCUACGACGUAUAUAGCGGUAAAUGUUUUGCUCCGCAAGUGAGAGGAUCCUGCAACUUCGGCGAGUAUUUCCAGUUGUCAGCCUCUGGUGCACCAGAGUGCGUCCCUAAUGAAUGCGUCAUGGACGGCUACGUGAAGGACGACGUCACCAGAAAAUGUUAUCGUAAGAUGUACCUCGGCUACUGCAAUAAAGACCGAAUGACCUUUUAUCCUGAAACCAAUACAGUGGAUUGCUCCUUCGAAGUUGAUACAAGAAACAUUUUGGACGUGCACACCCUGCGAGCAUGCCCUGCAGGGUCUCUCCGUGAUUACCUCAAUGAGUGCCGCCAACAGUUCAUCAUUCCCACCACACGCUCCUCUCCCUCCGUAAACGGCGCAUGUCCUGCCGGGUUCGUCAAGGAUCCCAAAGGAAUAUGCCGCAGAGUCAGCACGUUAUUCGGCUGAGACACUUUGAGCUGUGUUGGGGACAAACAAGAUCGAGUAUAUCGGCCCCCACAACCUCCCUAUGGGUGUAGCUGGCCCCAGUACCGGGUGAUGGACGUUGCAACCUUAGCUUCCCGUGUUGGCUGUGGCGCCCCCGGUAUCGGAAGUGGCAUCCCAGUACCGGGUACUGGAGGUAUUGCCCUCACGAGUCACCCUAAACAACGCUUUAUCAUUGACUGGUCCUGCGUUUGCUAUGCAACAACUUGUGUUAAUGAAUUUUUCUCGGAGAUAAAUAACGGCUGUGUACUAUGCUUCUAAGGCUGCAUAAAAUACUAGUAAUGAUGUCUGGUUUCGUUAUAUUAUAGUUGUCUUUAUGAACUAUAAAGUGUUUAUUUUAUAUAUAUUUAUUGUUUUGUUUUAAACUGAAUAUAUAACUAACGACUGAAGUGCAGUUAGCAGCAAAUGCCAGUAAAUUUGUAAAAUUUGCGUAUUAUGUAAGUGGCAUAUUUACAAACCAUAAAAAAAGCCCGACCCUUUUCUAUGUUCCUAAGGUCGCCAGUUGUUAAUGUGUUUUAUACCAUUUCCCAUUUAUACUGUGAUAUUAGGUUUAGAAAAGCAUGUAUAAGCUUACAAAUAUACAUGUAUGUGUGUGAGGAAUGUGCGGUUAAAUGAAAAUGAUAUGAUGUGAAAUAAAUGACAAAUAUUUAUUA